CAAUUGCGCCGCUCGAUGGGUAACAUUUGUCCCACGGACCACGGAUCGGAGCUGCUCGGAGAGGGACCAUCAAGUGAGCAGAGCAUUAUCGGGGCACGCGCCUCUGUUAUGGUCUACGACGACAACCAGAAGAAGUGGGUGCCCUCGGGGAGCUCGUCGGGACUGAGCAAGGUGCAGACCUCCCCCCCCCAGCAGAACAACACGUUCCGGGUGGUGGGACGGAAGCUGCACGACCUCGAGGUGGUGAUCAACUGCUCGAUCCUGAAGGGGCUGAAGUACAACCAGGCCACGGCCACGUUCCACCAGUGGCGCGACUCCAAGUUCGUCUACGGGCUGAACUUCUCCAGCCAGAACGAUGCGGAGAACUUCGCCCGGGCCAUGAUGCACGCGCUGGAGGUGCUCAGCGGCCGGGUGGCCAACAACCCGGGCGGACAGCCGACCAAUGGCAACGGGUACGAGGAGGACAUGGGCUACCGCACCAUGACCAGCGAGGAUGCGGCCAUUCUCCGGCAGAAUAACGGCAUUGCCGGCCACAUCACGCCCUCGGCCCAGACGCCCACUUCGCAGACCAACCAGAACAACAUACCCCAGAGUCCGCCGACGCCCCAGGGCCACCAUCGCACCAGCAGCGCACCGCCGGCCCCCCAGCCGCAGCAACAGCAGCAGCAGCAGAUGGCCCCGCCGGGACCCCAUUACAGACCGCCCGCCGGCAACGGACCCACGCCCAACGGCCUACCGCCGCAGGUGAACCCACAAAUCCCCCGGCCCCGGCCGCAGCAGCCGUACCAGCAGCAGCAGCAGCAGCAGCAACCCGUCUACGCCGCCCAGCAGCAGCAGCAGCAGAUGGUCCAGGCGGGCUAUCCGGGUCCCUCUCAGUACCAGCAGCCGCACUACGUGCUCUCCAAUUCUAAUCCCAAUCUCAAUAUGCAUCAAUACCCGACACAGCCCCCACAGCAGUCUCUGCCGCAGCAGCAGCAGCCCCAGCCGCCGCAUCAGAACGGGGGCGGACCCAUUUACGUGGUCUCGCAGCCCGGCCACGGACACGGCCACAUCCCGAGCUCGGCCAGCGCCAACAGCGUCGUGUACGCCAGCCAGCAACAGAUGGUCCAGCAGCAACAGCAGCCGCCACAGGCGCCGGCCAUGCCCGCUCCCGGCUACGGUCCGCCCCAGGCACACCCACAGCCGCCGCCGCAGCAACAGGCGGAGAAUCCGUAUGGCCAGGUGCCGAUGCCGCCGCCCAUGAAUCCGUCGCAAGGCCAGAUCCCUCUGAACCGCAUGAGCAGCCAGGGCGGGGGCCAGCCCGCUGCUCCAGCCCCGCCCCCGCCGCCGCCCACCUUUGGCGGAGCUCCGCCAGCGCCGCCACAGAUGUUCAACGGAGCCCCGCCUCCGCCAAAGCCGCCGGCUCCACCGGCGCCGCCAGCCAUGGGUGGACCGCCAGCUCCGGGUGGUCCCGGGGGGCCUGGCGCCCCUCCUCCACCGCCUCCGCCCCCGGGAAUGGGCGGAGCGCCCAAAAAAGAUGACCCCCAAGCUGAUCUCAUGGGCUCGCUGGCCUCCCAACUGCAACAGUUCAAGCUCAAGAAGAACAAGUCCACGACCUCCGCUCCGGAGAACAGUGGCAGCAGCACCUCGAGUGGAGGCAGCGGAAACUAUGGCACAAUCGGACGCAGCUCCAAUGGCAUGGCCUCCAUGAUGGACGAGAUGGCCAAGACGCUGGCGCGGCGUCGUGCCCAGGCCGAGAAGAAAGAGCCCGAUCCUGAGCCCGAGGUGAAGCAGCGUCCGUGGGAGAAGUCCAACACGCUGCCCCACAAGCUGGGCGGCGGUGCCGGAAACGGUUCUGGGACGAACGGGCCCAACGGCAGCUCUGGCGGAGCUGGCAGCAACACAACGAACAGCGGCGGGGAAUCGCCACGACCCAUGCGAAAGCGCUUCGGCAGUGCCAGCGAGGAGACCAUUCUGAAGGUGAACGGCGAUGGCCUGUCCCUGGCACUGUCCAACGGAGACUUGGACACACUGAAGGCUGAGAUAGUGCGCGAGAUGCGCCUGGAGAUCCAGAAGGUCAAGAACGAGAUCAUAGAUGCUAUCAAAUCGGAGUUCAAUCGCAGAUAGAUCAACAUAUUAUCAAGAUAUGCGUGGGCCCCGCACUCCCGAAGGUCCAAGUCGAAGGAGCAGCAGCAGUAGGAGCAAGCUUGAAUGCACUCGGGGACCGAAGGUGUGGGGCGUGAAGGCAUGGGCAUAAAUACGUACACAGAAAAGAUACAUACGAGUAAAUAUGUAUAAAGCAUAUGCUCUAGGUUAUAUGUAGGGUUACAUAAACACAAAAACAAACACAAAACACACACACAAACGCAGAAUAGGCGUAUGAGGUGGAACUUUAGUCAAAGUAAUUAUAUUUUUAGUGGGAACUGCUUACCGACUUUUAAGUGACGUCUACGUAUACGUCUAUAUAUUCGGCGACCCUCAGUAUGUAAUUAACUCUACAAUUGUACAUUAUUUUGCAUAAGUCUACACCAAUUUUAGUGUGAGAACCAGAAUUCUUUCGUUUAUCCUCUCCUCUCCCAAUCCCUCGCUCCCACCAGGCGGAUUCCUUUUAGUUUGUUCUCUGUCAACAGUCCCCUGUCCCCUCCCCCCUCUCCUACCUGCCGAAUGUUUUUGAACCACUUUUGUAAUACAUACCAUUUUGAUGUAUCUCUCUGGAUCGGUGCACGAAUACACAGACACACUCAAACACACGAAUACCCCAUAUGUAUACGUACAUAUAAAAGGACACCCUUUCAUAUAUACAUAACUUUAUAUAGUACCUAUAUAUGGGCAUGGCAUACUCAUUAACCAAACCUAAAAGAAAUUAAGUAUUACGAUUGGAGGCGAGGCGAAACAAAACUAUUCCACAAAUGUCAUCCAUCAACGCUCUCUCUCUCUAUCUGUCGAUCUAUCUAUCCAUCUCUCAUACUCCCCCAGUCGUCUGGUCUGUGGAGGAGCAACGCGAGAAAGGUCACUUCACUGCAUUUCCCCCCGGACAAGAAAACGGAAACCAAUUUCCUAAGCACACGAUCUCAUACGAACUCAAUUUAAGCAACAUCGGAACAAGAACCAGCAAGUCUUCAGCAAAAACAGAAACAGAAACCGAAACAUCAACAGUUCAAAGCGGAAUUAAGUGCGGUGUUCAGGACUCUUACUCUCGAGCAACUUAGCGUUAGAUAUACAAGUAAACAUGAAUUACCCCUGCGAUCUAAGCGAUCUAUACAGCGAAAUUAGAAAGCUAAAUUAACAAUUGACUGCUGCGUAUUAUAUAUACAUAAAUAUAUAUAUACAUACUGAUAUAUAUAUAAAGGAAAGCCACUAAAUAUUGUACACUCCUCCCCAGAUUCGGCGGUGGGCGAGCGCCUUCCCGUCCGAUCUUGAACAUAUGAGUACCGAUUUCAACUUCCAUAUACAUACGACUAAGACUAAAUAGUGAAAUUAUUGAAUGAACGAAGAAGCGCGGAGGGUCUGGCCUGGCACUAGGGCAGAGGAGGAGGAUGCGGAGUAGGAGCAGCAGGAGAGUUUAGUUCUUAAGGCAUACAAAAGUGAAAUUGUUUAUUAAGUGGACAAGAAAUUUAUUUAUACUGCGGAUCGGAUCGGAUCCGAUUGGAUCGAUCGGAGUAGUUGUGUAUAAUUCGAAUGCAUAUAAAUACGUUUAGUUUUCUGUAAUUUAACGAUCAUUUGAUGUAGUACAUAUAUAUUGACUGUACUGUGCAAGGUGGCGUCGAUAUGCAGACGUACGUACGAGUACUAGUAUGAGUAUAUAGAUUAUAUGGAAUACCUAGUUAUAUGGCGGCCAGACGCGUCAGUCGGAGGCGUAUAUAAAUGUAUGCAGACGUACGUACGAGUACGAGUAUGAGUAUAUAGAUUAUAUGGAAUACCUAGUUAUAUGGCCGCCAGACGCGUCAGUCAGAGGCGUAUAUAAAUGUUAUGAUUUUUGUAUUUUUGUAUAUGAUCUUUGCUGCAGCGUUGCGGCAACAAUGGCAGGCAACAAUUUAAUAUUAAACACACACGUAAACUAUUUUAAACAAGAGAGAAUGAGAUCGAGGAUACCCGUGCGCGGAGCGAGCGCAUACUUUUUAUGUAUUAAAUUAAAUAUAUAUAUUAUACACUUAUAUACAACAACAAGAAUAUUCAAUAUACAUACGUGGCGAGGCAUAUGCAGAUGCAGGAAGGGACAUUGAGCAAACAUUGACUUGAGAUCAAUAAAGUAAAGUAAAGUAUAAAGUAAAUCAGCAACGGAUUCACUUAGAACUGUAAGAGCUGCAUAAGUUAUAGCGGCGGAGGAGUCGAGUCGUGGCGAGGCGAGGCGAAAGGAAUAGAGGCGCAAACAUUAUAUGCAUAUUCAACAAAAAGAGCGUACAGUGAAAUAAACAACCAACGUUUGUAUGUGAAAACCAAA